UCAAACCCCUCCAUUUCAUCGUUAUCUCCUCCUCCGAUCGCCGCCGCUCCCUCGGUAACCGCUGCCAUACUCAAGCAUGUCUGUCUCCGUUGCAAGUCCGCCCCCCUCUCUCCGUCGGGAUCCGAGUUCAGAGCCUCUGUUAGAUUUUGGAUACCGAAGAGGGAAUGAAGAUACUGGAGUAUCCAGUAAAGCAGCCCCACUCAAGAAAAAAUAUGCUAUCAACACCAUGAAAUGCUUCGGGGUCGAAUUAUCCCCAGAUAACAUUGCUGUUGCUAUGGUAUAUUUUGUUCAGGGUGUUUUGGGCCUUUCCAGGAUUGCAGUCAAUUUCUACUUGAAAGAUGAUCUGCAUCUAGAUCCUGCUGAGACAGCCAUCAUAUCGGGUGUGUCAUCAUUACCUUGGCUUGUCAAACCCCUGUAUGGAUUCAUUAGUGAUUCCGUGCCGCUUUUUGGCUAUCGAAGGAGGUCAUAUUUGGUCUUAUCAGGACUUCUAGGAGCUCUGUCAUGGAGUUUGAUGGCUACCUUUGUCGCCAGCAAAUAUGGUGUUGCCUUUUGCAUACUUCUUGGAUCGCUUUCUGUAGCAUUUUCAGAUGUAGUUGUUGACUCUAUGGUUGUAGAAAGGGCUCGUGGUGAAUCACAAAGCAUGUCCGGAUCUCUUCAGUCUUUAUGCUGGGGUUCUUCUGCUUUUGGAAGCAUUGUGAGUUCUUACUUCAGUGGAUCCUUGGUGGGUACUUAUGGAGUUAGGUUUGUCUUUGGUUUGACAGCUUUGCUUCCCUUGAUAACAUCUGCAGUUGCAGUCCUUGUGAAAGAACAGCCGGUAUAUGGCUCGACGAGGGGACAUAAUAUUUCGUCGGACACUAAUACGGGUUUUAUAGCAAGCUCAAAAAGCAGCAUACUGCAAUUGUGGAGUGCUGUAAAGCAACCCAAUGUGUUACUUCCAACCUUAUUUAUUUUCUUAUGGCAAGCAACACCACACUCUGAUUCUGCCAUGUUUUAUUUCACUACAAACAAACUCGGUUUUACCCCUGAGUUUCUGGGACGUGUUAAGCUUGUAACUUCUGUUGCAUCACUGCUUGGUGUUGGACUUUACAAUGGUUACUUGAAAACCGUACGCUUGAGAAAAAUAUUUCUAGCUACUACCGUUGUUGGUUCAACCCUUGGGAUGACUCAGGUUGUGCUUGUCACUGGAUUGAACAGACGGUUCGGCAUAAGUGAUGAAUGGUUCUCAAUUGGCGACUCUCUGAUCUUAACAGUUCUUGGACAGGUGUCAUUCAUGCCUGUUCUCGUGUUAGCUGCUAAACUAUGCCCGGAGGGCGUGGAGGCUACUCUUUUUGCGACCCUCAUGUCAAUUUGCAAUGCUGGGAGUGUCCUCGGAGGCCUGAUGGGAGCUGGACUAACUCAGCUCUUUGGUGUGACAAAGGAUAGAUUUGACAAUCUUGCCCUUCUCAUUAUUCUCUGCAAUCUCAGCUCAUUGUUACCUUUACCACUACUCUGCCUCCUCCCUGAAGAUAUAGCUAAUGCUGAUUCGAAAGAUUCGAAAGAAGACGACGACAUUGAGAUGAAAUCUAACUGAACCUGAUCUUGCCGUCAUUGUUACUGUAAGAAUAACCACUGGCGGCGCAUAUUGUAGUUAGAAAAAUGUUGUCUAAUGGUCUCCCACUCUAGUUUAAUUUUAUGUCUUAGGGUGAGAACUUAUUGGGGGAUGACUGAUAACAAACUUAUCGUCACUCUCCCCUUGUAAUGUUGUACUAUAUUAGUACAAAGUUAUCAUUUUAUCA